AUGCUCGUCUUUAGAGAUGUCACUGAAAUAAGCCCCCAGCAGAGCUGCGGGCACCUAGAACAAGAGGGGCUGGGCAAAGAUGGAGGCCAGGAGCGCUUGAGGCAGAGUCUCUGUGCCCUUCAGGAGGAGGCACUGCAGCUCAACCAGCAACUGCAGCCCAAGCAUCAGCACGAGGACCUGCUCACCACACAAGUGUCUGCCUACGCAAGCAGAGGAAACCACCUCUGUGCACUCAUUGUGGACAUCAUUGGCACCACCAGCCAGAGAGGCUUUCCUGCCCCACAAGACCAAGCUAGGGCACAGCGUGCCCUGCAGGAAAUGCGGCACCUGCUCAACCUUUCGCAACGGGACAUUGCCAAGGCUGCCCAGCAAAAGGCCGCACCGCACCAAGAGCAGGCCCAGGACAAACGGGCACAAUUAGGGCAGCAGCCAACAGCCCAGAAGGACGCCCCACAUCCUGCUCAGGGUCCAGGAGCCAAAGGCACAGAAGGCCUCCACGGGGAAGCAGGAGACACCACCAUGCAGUGGUACCAGCACUUACAGCAUGCUGCCACUCAAUGCACUCUGGCUUUUGAGGCAUUAGCCAACAGCAAGGAUCAGCAGGCUAAGAGGAUCAAAAUGGACCUGCAGAAAGCCGCCACUAUUCCUGUGAGCCAGAUCUCUAGCACAGCAGGCCCACAGCUCAAGGAGGUCUUUGACAAGAUCAACAAUCUGCUCCUGGGAAAAGCUGUGCCCUGCGGUGCUCGCGCUGUCUCCCUCACAGACCACCCGCAAGCCUUGGACUUUGUCCAUUACAAGCUGGCAGAGAAAUUCGUCAAACAGGCAGAAGAAGAAGUGGCUUGUCAUCCUGAAGCAGCCUUCCCCAUUGCCCUGGUGGCAGCGGGCAUCUGGGAACUCCACCCCAGAGUGGGGGACCUCCUCCUGGCUCAUCUUCACAAGAGAUGCCCUUACUCCGUGCCUUUCUACCCAGCCUUCAAGGAGGGAAUGGGCCUGCAAGAAUAUCAGAAGCUCCUUGGCUACCGAGUCCAGGAUUCCAAAGUGGAACACCAAGAACUUUUUCUCAAACGCAUGUCGGGCAUGAUUCGCCUCUAUGCUGCUCUCAUUCAACUCCUUCGGCCUCACGCCAAGAGACAGGGGGCUCAGCCUCACGGCUUAAACCAUGGCUGGCGCUGGUUGGCACAGAUGCUGAACAUGGAGCCUCGGCCGGAUGUCACUGCCACUCUCCUCUUGGACUUCCUCCAGGUAUGUGGCCAUGCGCUCCUGAAACACUACCACCUUCAGUUCUGGAAGAUGCUGAUGCUCAUCAAAGAGGACUAUUUGCCCAGAAUCGAAGCCAUCACCGGUUCCGGACAAAUGGGCUCUUUCCUACGUCUCCAACACUUUCUGGACAAAUGUCUGCAGCACGGGGACAUUCCCCUCCCAAAGGGCUCUCUGCCUCCUGCUUUCUGGCCUUCCUGAUGGGGCCUGGGCUGCUGCUUCCUUUCUUGGAGGAAAACAAAUGACAAAGGACACAAGGCAGCAGCAUUUCAGGCCAGAUUGGCUCACAUGGGGAAAUCUGAAAACCUAGUUGGCUUUGGAAAACUUCUUAUGGCCAGGGGCAGCUUAUUUGAACUCUUUGAGUGUCUUCGCAAACUUCAUCAUGAAUUACCCCCAAGAAGUCUUCACCUAGUAGAAACAGUAGUCACCAAGAGAAUUGGCUUUCAUAACCAUGACCCGGGGAGAGGAAUUUCACUUGGAUUCUUCCUCCAAGGUAUAGAGAAAGGCUGUUGCUCAAUAAUCAUAACAGUAACAGUUGACAUUGAUCGUCAUUUGAGGAUCACAAAGUGCUUUCAUGUUAUCUUGCUCUUACCACAAACCCUGUCACACAGGUAGUGUCAUUACUACGCCUGUCCCAGAUUGCCAGAUAAGGCAGGGCUAGACAACUUGGAAGCUGUGAUUGGCCCUGUGAAAAGGGCUGGGGACAGGAAGCUUCUAUAAAAGCCAUGAAGCCAGUCUGGAGAGACUAGUACAGAGUGAACUCCAAGCAGAUAAUGAGAAUGAAUGCUAGGUGCUCAGACUCUCAAGGCUACCCAGUGUCACAAACUUUAGCAAGACUAAAAAAAAAAACAAGGAAAUCAAAAAAAAUAAAUAA